GGAAAUGGAAAGCAUCUACAGGGCCCAACUGUGCGGUGCGGUUACACGAAGCAGUAUCUAAGUAGCAACUUGUGCAGCGGUCACGCCUCGCUCGCUGGUUUCUCUCUCUCUCUGUGGGAGUGAAAAAUGCAAACCCUAGGUAGCUCUCAGUGUUUGUCUGUCUCAAGCCACCGUCAGUUUCUGUCGCCGGUGGCCGCCAUUUCAGGCAGAAGUUCAAGUUCAUGCUCCCUUCCAUUCUUCCCGACUUUGCAAUGCCACUCUCUCCAUUCUCCAUCCCCAGUCAUGGAUGAGACCAAGUUUGAAGAGGCUUCAAGAAAGGGAAACUUGAUUCCGCUUCACAAAUGCAUUUUCUCUGAUCAAUUGACUCCGGUGCUCGCUUAUAGAUGCUUGGUUAAAGAAGAUGAUCGAGAGGCUCCGAGCUUUCUGUUUGAGUCAGUCGACCCUGGUUUCCGUGCUUCCAGUGUUGGUCGUUAUAGCGUGGUUGGAGCUCAGCCUGCAAUGGAAAUUGUUGCAAAAGAAAAUAAGGUUACAAUAUUGGACCAUGAAAAGGGGUGCUUGACAGAAAAGGUUGUUGAUGAUCCAAUGUCGAUCCCAAGGAGUAUUUCAGAGAGUUGGAGGCCCCAAUUUAUUGAUGAACUUCCCGAUACAUUUUGUGGUGGGUGGGUUGGUUAUUUCUCAUAUGACACAGUUCGUUACGUAGAGAAGAUGAAACUGCCAUUCCCAAGGGCACCACAGGAUGACAUGAAUCUUGCUGAUAUCCAUCUAGGUCUCUAUGAUGAUGUGAUUGUUUUUGAUCAUGUAGAGAAGAAAGCAUAUGCAAUUCAUUGGGUUCGGUUAGAUCAGUACUCUUCCAUUGAGAAGGCGUAUGAUGGCGGAAUAAAACGCUUGGAAAUGUUGGUGUCCAGAGUAUUGGAUAUUGAUCCCCCAAGGCUGUCUCCAGGUUCUGUGGACUUGCAUUCUCAGCAUUUUGGCCCUCAUCUGAAGAAGUCGAACAUGACAAGUGAGGAAUACAAGAACACAGUACUACAAGCGAAAGAGCAUAUUCUUGCUGGGGAUAUUUUCCAAAUUGUGUUAAGUCAGCGUUUUGAACGACGAACAUUUGCUGACCCGUUUGAAGUCUAUAGAGCAUUGAGAGUUGUGAAUCCAAGUCCAUACAUGAGUUACUUGCAAGCUAGAGAGUGUAUUCUUGUUGCUUCAAGCCCAGAAGUUCUCACACAUCUAAAAAAGAAAAAGAUUGUUAAUUGGCCAUUGGCGGGGACUAGCAGAAGAGGGAAGACAUCUGAUGAAGAUGAGAUGUUAGAAAGUCAGCUGCUAAAUGAUGAGAAGCAAUGUGCAGAACACACUAUGCUGGUUGAUUUGGGAUGGAAUGAUGUUGGAAAGGUUGCAGGGGAACUGCAAAAUGAUCUGAGUUGUUGGGAUGCCCUGUGUUCAGCUUUGUCUGUUGGAACAGUUAGUGGAGCACCAAAGGUGAAGGCAAUGGAGUUGAUUGAUCAGUUGGAAGUAACAAGACGGGGACCUUAUGCUGGUGGAUUUGGCGGUAUUUCAUUUUCUGGCGAAAUGGACAUUGCAUUAGUUCUCAGGACCAUCAUAUUCCCAACUGGGACUCGAUUUGACACCAUGUAUUCGUAUAAAGGCUCAAACAAGCGCCAGGAAUGGGUUGCUUACCUGCAGGCCGGUGCAGGAAUUGUGGCAGACAGUGUUCCUGAUGACAAGCAAAGAGAGUGUGAGAACAAAGCCGCCCGUCUUGCUCGUGCCAUUGACUUAGCCGAGUUGGCAUUUGUUGUUGACAAAUGAUGCUCUUGUCGCUUCCAUGGGUAUUUUGUUGCCUAGAAAUUUUAGCGAGGUAACAUGUGUUUUUGAGUCUAAUACCUAGUUACUUUGUGUUGAAUAUGAAGAAAAAAUGAAGUAUGCCCAGUUUAAUCUCCUUUAGGGUUUGUGAUGAAUGAACAUGGAAAACAUUUCUCUUACAGUUAGAAUACAUGCUUUUACGUAGAUUUGGAUUAGUUCUCA